GGGGCGGGGCCGCGCAUUGUGACGCCGCCGCGUCCCCGCCUCCCCCCUCCCUGUAGGGCGGCGCGGGCGGCCGCAGGCCGAGGCCUGAGCGCGAAAGGAACAUGGAAGCGGCCGCACUGCGGGGGGCCUGGUCCGUCCAGGAGCCGGGAGCCGGACUCUAGCGAGGUCCCUGGGCCAGAGACUGGUACGAGGCGGCGGGUCCCGGGGGAUGGCGGCCCCUGGUGCCCUGCAGCUGCCGGGGCUGCGGCUGGGCCCGCGGCUCCGAACCGGGCUGGAAGUUGCGCUGCGGGUGCCCAGCCUCUUCCUCAUCGACGCCAUCUUCAACUCUUACCCCCUGCCGGGGGGCUCCCUGUGCGCCGGGCUCCUGGGGGUGCUGCUGCGGCUGCUGGGGGUCUUUGUAUCCAGUGUUGUUCUGGUCUUGCAACAGCGAGCACUUUUCAAGUUUUAUAUGAUCAGCUCAGCAUUUCUGCUAGCUGCAACCUCAGUGUUGGUGAAUUAUUAUGCUUCUUUGCACAUAAACUUCUACAGUGCCUACUACGCAGCAGCUUUUGGAAUUCAGUUCCUCCCUCAUAAAGGACCCUCACUAUGGAUGGCACUUUCUAUCCUUCAGCUUACCUUUGGGAUUGGAUAUGUUACAUUGUUAAACGUACAGUCCAUAUACUCCCAACUAAUCAUACUGGAUAUACUGAUUCCUAUAAUAGGCUUGAUCAUUGAAUUACCUUUAAAUGUCAGACAGAUUUUAGUUUUUAUUUCAGGCCUAAUUCUGACAUUAUAUACCACAAUCAAUUUAGUUAUGAAAAUUAAAUGGUUCUAUUAUUCCACACGAUACGUUUAUCUCCUUUUAAGGCAUAUGUAUCGCAUUUAUGGAUUACAGCUAUUGAUGGAAGAUACGUGGAAAAGGAUUCGUUUUCCAGCUGUACUGCGUGUGUUCUGGCUAACGAGACUUACAGCACAGGCGGUUGUGUUAACUUAUGUUGUCAAGAUGGCAGAAACUAAUACAGAAGAGAAGUUCUACUUGAUUUCUUGGGAAAAUUGUUGGGAACUAGUUUGCAGUCUUAUAAUAAGUGGGUGUGAUUCUACUUUAACUGUCUUAGGGAUGAGCGCUGUAAUUUCUUCAAUAGCCCAUUAUUUGGGACUGGGUAUUUUGGCCUUUAUUGGAUCAACUGAUGAAGAUGACAAGAGGCUUGGUUUUGUAGCACCUGUUUUAUUUUUUAUUUUGGCUCUGCAGACUGGCUUAAGUGGUCUAAAGCCAGAAGAGAGACUAGUUCGCCUAAGUCGAAACAUGUGCCUUUUGUUAACUGCAGUCCUGCAUUUUAUCCAUGGAAUGACAGACCCUGUACUAAUGUCUCUCAGUGCCUCCCAUGUGUCAUCAUUUCGCAGACACUUCCCUGUACUUCUUGUUUCAGCUUGCCUUUUUAUUCUUCCAGUUCUGCUCAGUUAUAUCCUUUGGCACCACUAUGCACUAAAUACAUGGCUUUUUGCAGUUACAGCAUUCUGUGUGGAACUUUGCCUAAAAGUAAUUGUUUCUAUCACUGUUUAUGUACUAUUCAUGAUUGAUGGCUACUAUAAUGUUCUAUGGGAAAAGCUUGAUGAUUACGUCUACUAUGUUCGUUCAACAGGCAAUAUUAUUGAGUUUAUAUUUGGUGUAAUCAUGUUUGGAAAUGGAGCUUAUACCAUGGUAUUUGAAUCAGGCAGUAAGAUUCGAGCUUGCAUGAUGUGUCUACAUGCUUAUUUCAACAUCUACUUGCAAGCAAAGAAUGGCUGGAAAACUUUUAUAAAUCGCAGGACAGCUGUUAAGAAAAUAAACUCACUUCCUGAAGUAAAAGGAAGUCGGUUACAUGAAAUAGAUGAUGUAUGUGCAAUCUGCUACCAUGAGUUUACUACAUCUGCUCGUAUUACUCCAUGCAAUCAUUACUUUCAUGCACUUUGCCUUCGGAAAUGGCUCUAUAUUCAAGACACUUGUCCAAUGUGCCAUCAAAAAGUAUAUAUUGAAGAAAAGGAAAAUGCAAAUAUCUCUAACAAUGGGUUUGUUGCACCUAAUGAAAAUCCUGUAGAAGUUGCAGAAGAAGCUGCUGAAGCUGCACAUGAAAUAAAUGAAGAUAACGACAGUACUGACAGUGGUGGUGAUGAUGAUGACUGUGUGGCAGAACACCAGAAUGAGACUCUUAAUGUUGAUUCUGACUCCCUGGGUAACUAAAAUCAUUGAGGUAUUUGUUUAAAAUGGAGUUCAGCAACAGAAUAAAAGUUUCACUUCAUCAUUGUAUACUUAAGCACAACAAUGGUAUCUCAGUGUUGUCUGUGAAUGGUUGUCAUUUACUCUGGUGUGCUACUGUAAAUAUACCACUAAUUAUUUCCAGUCUCUUUCAUGACUAAAACUUGUGUACAUUAUUGUACAUGGAAUAAAAUGUUUUCACAUGUUUUUAAGACAAA